CCCUCAACACCAAGCCUACAUCAUGUAAAAGAGGCAUUUUCUCUAAUACAACUAUAUCAACCGCUCUUCAUCCAAACAUCUCCCACAUCAGAUCCUCACUCUACCCCACAUUUCAAACAGCUUCAAACGAUGGCAUCGCCAAUCUUUGUACUAGAAACAACUUCCCUCAACGCAAUUCGAUCCCUCCCGUCAGACAUCUACCUCGUCCACGCGACAAACUGCAUCGCCGAAUGGGGCGCCGGAAUCGCUGCCGAACUAGCGACUGUGUUCCCAGCUGCUUGUCAAGAAUACAAAAAGUUCUGCAACACAACCAUUCCUGACGGGUCGAGAUGGCCGUCGCGAAGUCUUGCGGGGAAAUGCUACAUCAUUCCACCUCAAGCUUCAGACACAGCGAGAGGGGCUCCAAGGAUACAUAUUGUGUGUUUGUUUACUAGUUAUGGAUAUGGAAGAGCGAAUCCGAGGACAGGAAAGCCAGGGAAGGAUGGUGCUGGAAAGAUUUUAGCGCAGACGAGAGCAGCGUUGAAGGAGAUGAGGAUGCAGUUGGAGGAGGAGCGGGAACAGGAAGCGGAUGGUGCGCCGGUGAUUUACUCGCCCAUGUUUAACUCUGGAGCUUUCAAGGUGCCAUGGGAGAGUACUUCGCGACUUAUCGAGGGGGAGUUUAAUGGUUUUGAGGGCCGGUGGUUGAUAAUGGCGCCCCCAUAAGGCCAUGAUGGUGAUUGUGUUUCGGCUGAUUCGGCGAGAGAUGGGCUUCAUUUAGAUACAUGAUAAAUAGUUUCAAGACCAGGCUUCGCUGUAACUAAACUGAACGAAGAUUAAUCUCAUUUUUUCACUCAUUGAUCGAAGUCUGACAAUGUCUUUCCAU